UCACAACGUGGAGCGGUAGACCGCUCAAGAAGUUUAUUAUUUGAAAUAUCAACAAUUCUAAAUCAGCAGGUGUUUGAUCGAUGCAAAACUCGAGGCAUUAUGCAAUUUCAACUGGCAAGCGUUUGCUCUGCGCAGUCCGCUUGAGGCUCGGACUCGGUUCCAUAGCAGAUAAACGCUGCAUACAAAUCGCUGCCGCUCAUUUAUCGCGAAAUCGCAAACAUGAAACAAAUGUUUCGGCCCUGUUUAAGCCAGUCCAGGUGCCGGCCAAUGUGGACGACGAGGAUGUGGGCUCCGAGCUGGUUGGCAAACUGGAAAAGUCGGAGCUGUUAAAGAUACUCAAUAAAUUUGCACAACGUCGCGAAAUCAAAGCGUUGUGCAGUGAAAAUGGUUUGGACUCUUAUUUGCAGCAACAGGCGUUUGGUUCCUUUCGACGCUAUUGCAUUGAGGCUGACAAUUUGCCGGUUGAUUUGCACAUCAUUUUCAGUGACAUUAUGCAAAGCGCUGGACACAUUGAUGACAUUUUCCCCUACUUUUUGCGCCAUGCCAAAACCGUGUUCCCUCAUCUGGACUGUAUGGAUGAUCUGAAGAAGAUAUCGGACCUGAGACAACCCGCCAAUUGGUAUAGUAAUGCUAGAGCCAUUACCCGCAAGAUUGUCUUCCAUUCGGGCCCAACGAAUUCUGGGAAGACGUAUCAUGCUAUGGAAAGAUAUUUGGGUGCCAAAUCUGGUGUCUAUUGUGGUCCAUUAAAGCUGCUGGCUACUGAAGUCUAUAAUAAGGCCAAUGAACGUGGAACACCUUGUGAUCUUGUCACUGGCGAAGAACGCAAAUUCGGCAUUAGUGAGAAUUCUCCAGCGAAUCAUGUGGCAUGCACUGUGGAAAUGACCUCAGUGAACACACCCUAUGAAGUGGCUGUCAUUGAUGAGAUACAACAGAUUCGAGAUCCUCAGCGAGGUUGGGCUUGGACUCGGGCAUUUCUUGGACUGAUUGCCAAUGAGGUGCAUGUUUGUGGCGAGCCAGGUGCACUGCAAUUGCUGGAGAAGAUCUGCGAAACGACGGGGGAAACAGUCGAGGUGCGACGCUACGAUCGUCUGACGGAACUGACCGUGGAGAACUCGGCAUUGGGUUCAUUAGAUAAUGUGAUGCCUGGCGAUUGCAUUGUUUGCUUUAGUAAACAUGAUAUUUAUACGGUUUCACGAGAGAUUGAAGCGCGGGGCAAGGAGGUUGCGGUCAUCUAUGGUGGCUUACCUCCUGGCACCAAACUGGCUCAAGCUGCCAAGUUCAAUGAUCCCGAGAACAGUUGCAAAGUCAUGGUUGCCACCGAUGCCAUUGGCAUGGGUUUAAAUCUAAGCAUACGUCGCAUCAUUUUUUACUCGCUGGUCAAGCCCACAAUGAACGAAAAAGGAGAACGUGAGAUCGACACGAUUUCCAUAUCUUCGGCCUUACAAAUAGCUGGACGAGCGGGACGCUAUCGAACCCAGUGGGAGCAUGGAUAUGUGACAGCCUUCAAGGCAGAAGAUCUGGUCACACUGCAACGUUUGUUGGGUCAAACGCCGGAGCCUUUAAAGCAGGCGGGUUUGCAUCCAACCGCUGAUCAAAUUGAACUCUACGCUUAUCAUCUGCCAAACUCAUCGCUGAGCAACCUGAUGGACAUUUUUGUCAAUCUGUGCACGGUGGAUGAUUCUUUGUACUUUAUGUGCAAUAUUGAGGACUUUAAGUUUCUCGCGGAGAUGAUCCAACAUGUGCCACUGCCACUGCGUGCCCGCUAUGUAUUCUGCUGUGCACCCAUCAAUCGAAAGAUGCCAUUUGUCUGUUCAAUGUUCCUUAAGAUUUCUCGACAAUACAGUCGCAAUGAGCCCAUCACCUUUGAUUUUAUCAAGAGAAACUGCAAUCUACCACUUAAGCUGCCCAAGACAAUUCUCGAUCUUGUGCAUCUUGAGGCUGUCUUUGAUGUAAUGGACUUGUAUUUGUGGCUCAGCUAUCGCUUUAUGGAUAUCUUCCCGGAUGCAGCAAGUGUGCGUGAGGCUCAAAAGGAGCUGGAUGAGAUCAUUCAGCAGGGCGUCUUUCAAAUAACCAGGUUACUUAAGAACACAGAGGCUGGACAGGAUGGCGAUGUGCCCACUUAUAAUAUGAGGCGUGCCACGUCAAUAAAGGAGCCUCGACUGCCCAGCUCAACACGUGGUCGACUCACGGAGAGACUGUUAGCUCAGGGAUUGCUUACACCUGGCAUGCUCAGUGAAUUGCGCAAGGAGUGGGAUGCACAGGCAACAGGAUCGGGAUCUGGAUCAGGAUCGGCACACAAACACUCUCAGGAAACUCCCGAUGACAGCGAUAAUGAUUAUGAUGAUAAUGAUAAUUAUGCGGGGAGCAUGAAGAAGACGCUGCGUCGCAAGCGCAGAAAAUAAAUUAGAUUUUUAUAUAUAGAUUAUUGUAUUUGUUAGCGUAACAUUUUGUUGUUAAUGUUAUCAU